AUGGCGAUCGAAGGUAUUGGUGCUAGCUCAGACACUGGAGUUGAAGACGUUACUGUUGAUGCAACUCCAGUAGCAAAUCCAAGUCAUGUGGGUGAAAUGAUCCAGAAGCAGUUUUCGGACAGUAGUUUGAGGGCUUCCUUCAAUACACUCGGAGACCCAAGAUACACUAAGGACAAAUUUCCUCCUGUUUUACAUGAUUUGUGGGAAAAAUGUAAUGUCAUAGUUUUGUCAUGGAUCAUGAACUCUGUUAGUAAUGAACUGUUAAGAGGCAUGGUGUAUGCAACUAGUGCACAGAAAGUGUGGGUUGAUCUUAGAGAGAGCUUUGACAAGGUUAAUGGAUCUAGAAUUCUGUUUCUGCACAGACAAAUUGCUACCUUGUCUCAAGGCAUCUCCUCUAUGUCAGUAUACUUUGCUAAGCUAAAAGAACUUUGGGUAGAGUUUUAUGCAUUGAUGCCUUGCCCUGGAUGUGGUUGUGAGGAAUCGAAGAGAUAUGCUGAACAUUUUGGUAAUCACAGCAAAGAAGGAAUAGCUAUGUUUAGUGGAAAAAGAAACACUCAAGGAUUCAAGCAGAAAAGAAAGGCUGGACCUAAUAAUGCUACUCAAUACAUAUGGCCUCUAACUAAUAGUGGCCCCAGCAGUGGAAGCUUUGAGGCUUCAGCUAACCUUGCAGGACUCCAACAGAAUAAUCUUGAUUCAACUAGUCAGGGUGGUCAAGGAGUGAUUGCAGGAGUGCCUCAGUUCACAGUUGAUCAGUACAAUCAGAUUUUGUAUCUUUUGGGCAAAUCCAAUAUCACAACUUCAAGUCAAAGUGAUCCACAAAGUAGUGCUAUGUCAGCAGGUAUGACUCCAUCUUUUGUAGCUACUGAGGCUGAGGUUAGGUGGAUAGUUGAUACAGGUGCCUCGAAUCACAUAGUAAAGCGUCUCAAAAUCUUAGAGGAAUCUAGAAGUACUGAUGAAACUAGUAUUGGAAAGGACCUCUUCAAUGGGAGAGUGAGGGGGAUUGGUAAAGAAGAUGAAGGCCUUUACAUUUACAUCUCAGGUAACAAGGAUCAAACAAAUGGAGGAGGAAAUAACAACUCAGAUUCUGGAAGAUCUUUUGUAAAUACAAUAAAUGAUGAUAGUUCAAGUGUAUCUCUGUGGCAUAUGAGAUUAAGUCAUGUGCUAAUUGAUGUUCUGAGGAAGUUAAAAUGUUUUCAAUAUUUGAAGUGUAAUAGUGAGACUAAGCAAUAUACUGUCUGUCCUAUUGUUAAGCAAACAAGGCUCCCAUUUCCUCUUAGCACCUCUGUGGUAACUGCAUGUUUUCACUUACUUCAUGCUGAUGUUUGGGGACCCUAUAGGGUACCUACUCAUGAUGGGAAGAAAUAUUUUCUCACACUAGUAGAUGAUCAUUCCAAGUUUACUUGGGUUCUCUUGUUGCCUUCUAAAGCUGAAGUAAUUGUUGCCAUCAAACAGUUUUUCACUGUGAUCAAGAAUGUUUACUCAUGUACUGUAAAAUUCUUAAGAACAGAUAAUGGGUGUGAGUUCUUUAACUCUCAAAUGACAGAAUUGCUACAGUCUUUGGGGAUUGUUCAUCAGAGUUCCUGUGUCUAUACUCCACAGUAA